UCAAUCUGUUUCCUCUGUAACUUUUUUAAUCUCACUUUCUUUCUCACAAGAUACCAUCUUUUUGCUCCAACUUCACGACUUUUAUUAACUUGGAAAUUCUUAUAGUGCUCCACUUUCAAAUCUUCCUUCACAACUAUCAUUAUAUUUGUAGAGAAUUAACGCAUUAAUUGAAGGGUUAAAGCUGUUCAACAAGCGUUUAUUUCCUCAGUAAAAGUUCACCGAGAAAAUUGUGUUUGCUCUCGUGGCUCUCGGCUACUUACGCUUUAACUCGUCUGAAUUUUUCUGGGUUUUUCAAUUUCAAUCCAGUGCAAUGGUUAAUAAACCAAAUGAAACAAUGAGGGUUAUUAUUACUGUUUUUGUCGGCUUCAUCUUUGGCUUCUUUAUAGGAAAGUCAUUUCCCGUUCUUCCUUUAAUGAAGCUAAAUAUGAAAUCUGCUCUUGUUCAUGAUUCUUCGAUUGUUGGCAACAAAAGUACAGGUGGCUCUACCCAAAGUACAAAUGAUAUUUCUUCUUCCAAGAAUAAUACAAGCUACUCAACUGAAAAUCAAAAUAUGAAUGAUUCAUCAAAGAUUUGGGUCCCAUCAAAUCCUAAAGGUGCAGAGAGAUUACCUCCAGGAAUUGUUGCGUCCGAAUCAGACUUUUAUCUCCGCAGAUUGUGGGGUAAACCUAAUGAGGAUUUGACCAGCAAACCAAUAUAUCUGGUAACCUUUACAGUUGGUUAUGAUCAAAGACACAACAUUGAUGCAGCAGUAAAAAAGUUUUCAGAGAACUUUACCAUCGUUUUGUUUCAUUAUGAUGGCCGAGCAUCCGAAUGGGAUGAGUUUGAGUGGUCGAAGCGGGCUAUUCAUGUGAGUGCAAAAAAACAGACAAAAUGGUGGUUUGCUAAAAGGUUUCUGCAUCCUGACAUUGUUGCACCAUAUGAUUUCAUAUUUAUUUGGGAUGAAGACCUUGGAGUCGAGCAUUUUGUUGCCGAAGAAUACAUCAAACUUGUGAAAAAACAUGGAUUAGAAAUUUCACAGCCUGGUUUGGAACCCAAUCGAGGGUUGACUUGGCAGAUGACAAAGAGAAGAGGUGAUUGUGAAGUUCACAAGCAAACAGAGGAGAAGCCAGGCUGGUGCUCUGACCCCCGUUUGCCUCCCUGUGCAGCAUUCGUAGAAAUCAUGGCUCCUGUCUUUUCUCGAGAGGCAUGGCGUUGUGUAUGGCAUAUGAUACAGAAUGACUUGGUCCACGGUUGGGGUCUUGACUUCGCCCUGCAAAAAUGUGUCGAGCCUGCUCAUGAGAAAAUUGGAGUUGUAGAUGCCCAAUGGAUUGUUCAUCAAAGUGUUCCUUCACUUGGGAAUCAGGGGCAACUAGAUAAUGGCAAGGCUCCAUGGCAUGGGGUGCGCGAGAGGUGUAGACAGGAGUGGAAAAUGUUCCAGACUAGGAUGGCUGAUGCAGAAAAAUCUUAUUACAAGGCAAUGGGAAUUGAUCCUCCCAAUUUCACAGAUCACCAUUGAAAUUUUGCACGGGGUCUAAGACUCUAACCUCUAGUUUUGAAUUUUUCAUUUUUCUUGCUGUAGAUAGUACAUUUUCCAUCAUAAAUAACACAUUUAAGCUUAAAUGAAUUAGUAAUACUUUUCAAUU